UUGAGAAAACCCUUUCGCAUCCAGCAGCAGAGGUGCUGAAAAAGAACAUAAAAAUCUCAACUUUCUUCUUUUCAGAGAGAGGAGAGAGGAGAGAGAAAUCAAUCAAGAACAAGAACAAGAAACAAGAACGAGAAGCGUAGCGAUGCCGCCACUGCUGGUGGCCGAGGAGGACGACCUCUUCCCGCCGACGCCGGGGAAAUUCAAGACCGACCACCACCACCUCCACCGCCACCACCGCCACCUCCGCCGCUGCUUCGCCUCCACGAGCGCCACCUUCAUGUGGGCCCUCUUCCUCCUCGCCCUCACCGCCUCCUACCUCAGCCUCCAGGGCCUCCUCUCCUCCGGCAACCGCCUCCUCGCCGCCUCCUGGGGCGGCAUCCAGUGGGAGAAGCAGGUCCGCGUCUCCGCCCGGCCCCGCCGCCCCGCCGGCGCCGGCGCCGGCCACUCCGUCCUCGUCACCGGCGCCGCCGGCUUCGUCGGCGCCCACGUCUCCCUCGCCCUCCGGAAGCGCGGCGACGGCGUCGUGGGCCUCGACAACUUCAACCCCUACUACGACCCUUCCCUCAAGCGCUCCCGCGCGUCGCUGCUCCGCGCCCAGAAGGUCUUCGUCGUCGACGGCGACGUCAACGACGCCCGCCUCCUGGCCAAGCUCUUCGACGUCGUGGCCUUCACCCACGUGAUGCACCUCGCCGCCCAGGCCGGCGUCCGCUACGCCCUUGAGAACCCGCAAUCGUACGUCCACUCCAACGUCGCCGGCCUCGUCGCGCUCCUCGAGGCCUCCCGGUCGGCGAACCCCCAGCCGGCCUUCGUCUGGGCCUCCUCCAGCUCCGUCUACGGCCUCAACGACAAGUCGCCCUUCUCCGAGUCGGACCGCACCGACCGGCCGGCCUCCCUCUACGCCGCCACCAAGAAGGCCGGCGAGGAAAUCACCCACGCCUACAACCACAUCUAUGGCCUCUCGAUCACCGGCCUGCGCUUCUUCACCGUGUACGGCCCGUGGGGCCGCCCGGACAUGGCGUACUUCUCCUUCACCCGGAACAUACUCCAGGGCAAGCCCAUCACGAUAUACCGGGGCAAGAACCGGGUCGACCUGGCCCGGGACUUCACGUACAUCGACGACGUCGUGAAGGGCUGCCUGGCGUCGCUGGACACGGCGCGCAAGAGCACCGGGUCCGGCGGCAAGAAGCGCGGCCCCGCCCAGUACCGGGUCUUCAACCUGGGGAACACGUCGCCGGUGACGGUGCCGGAGAUGGUGAGCAUGCUGGAGGGGCAUCUCGGGGUGAGGGCCCGGCGGCGGGAGGUGGAGAUGCCCGGGAACGGCGACGUUCCGUUCACGCACGCCAACAUCAGCUCGGCGCGGCGGGAGCUCGGGUACAAGCCCACGACGGACCUGCGGACCGGGCUGAAGAGGUUCGUGAAGUGGUACUUGUCGUACUACGGCUACAGCAAUCAUGGCAAGUCUGCGCAUUGAACAAUCCUCUCCUCUCCUCUCCUGCGAUUUCCCCCUUUCUUGUUCGGAAGUUCUUAAAAAGUGGGGUUUUUCCCUUUACAAGUGAUAUACAAAGAAAAUUCAGGGAAAUCUUGUUGUUGUUUUCUGUUCUGUAAAUAAAAUUCAGUGCUUCGAUUCUAGGCAGCAAUCCAAUUGCUCAGUGGCUGAAAUUCAAGGGGAAUGAUGUAAUGGUUAUCUUAAAUUUUCAUCAGGAAAUCUCGGGACCCAUUUCGUUUAUUUUGAUGGUUAUUGAAUUUUUUUGACA